AUGGAAGAUUCAAAGAGUUUGAUGCAUGAGUUACUACAAGGGUUGGAGUUGGCAAGAAAGCUUAGAAUUUAUCUCAACGUAUCUUCGUCUUCUUCUUCCUCCAUUAACGAAACACUUGAAGUUCUGAUACAUAAAAUCAUAUCCACGUUCGAAAAGGCACUUGAAAUUGUUAACCGUAAAGGACAAGUUAAUGUGGCUGAAUCAUCGCCGCAGCAGCAGCAACAACAACAACACCCUUCAGCCUCAGGAGCACUAGCCAUGAUCAGAAUGUUGGACUCACCACCUUUAAGCUCUAGUCCACGAAGUGAAGACUCCGAUAGAGAUUUGAAGGACCGCGAUCACAAUACUCCUAGAAAAAGAAAUACUCUACCAAUUAGAUGGACAAAACAAAUUCGAGUUACACCUGGAAUAGCAGUGGAAGGUCCUCUUGAUGAUGGAUAUAGUUGGAGAAAAUACGGCCAAAAAGACAUCCUAGGAGCCACGCAUCCUAGAGGUUAUUACAGAUGCACUCACAGAAACAUUCAAGGUUGUUUGGCAACAAAGCAAGUACAAAGGUCCGACGAAGAUCCAACCAUCUUCGAAAUCACUUACCGAGGAAACCACACAUGCACAAUCGGAAGUACUUCCAAUGUGGCUGUUCAAAUUCCAACCUCGAAUCCAAAUGAAAAUCAAGAAACAAAUGUAAACACAAACCAACAACUAAUGAACCUGCGAACCGGUCUAAGAGUUCAGACAGAGAACCUAGAUUUCCUCGACCAACCAUUUGCUCCAUUAAUCCAUUUCUCUUCAAACCAUGUACUUGAAAGUAGCUUUGCAGAAAACUUCAACUCUCCUGCAACUUCUGGAAUAAGUAACUUCUCGAUGUCUUCGUCUCCGAGUGUGUUCCCGAAUAUGGCAAGUGAGAUUAUUCCAUCAGCUACUUCUGUUGCAAACACGCCAACCACUGAUUUAGAUUUUCCGUUUCAGCAAUUUCAAUUUGAUGGAGAGAACUUCACAUUCGAUAACUCGCAAUUUUUCCCUUGA